AUGGUGAGGAGUAACCAGACCUCUGCAGUGACAGAGUUCCUCUUCUCUGGAUUCCCCCAGUUUGAAAAUGGUAGCUUCCUCCUCUUCAUUCCUUUGCUCAUCAUCUACAUAUUCAUUGUUAUUGGGAAUCUCAUUAUAUUUUUUGCAGUCAGGUUGGACACUCACCUCCACAAUCCCAUGUAUCAUUUCAUCAGCAUUUUCUCCUUUCUGGAGAUCUGGUACACCACAGCCACCAUUCCCAAGAUGCUCUCCAAUCUCCUCAGUAAGAAGAGGACCAUCUCCAUAAGUGGCUGCCUUUUGCAGAUGUACUUCUUCCAUUCUUUGGGAAAUUCGGAGGGGAUUUUGUUGACCACCAUGGCCAUUGACAGGUAUGUCGCCAUCUGUAACCCUCUCCGCUACCCAACCAUUAUGACCCCCCAGCUGUGUGCUCAGCUGUCUGCGGCUUCCUGCAUCUUUGGAUUUCUUGUGUUGCUCCCAGAGAUCGCAUGGAUUUCCACAUUGCCCUUCUGUGGGCCCAACCAAAUCCAUCAGAUCUUUUGUGACUUUGAACCUGUGCUGCGUUUGGCUUGUACAGACACAUCCAUGAUUCUGAUUGAGGAUGUGAUCCACGCAAUUGCCAUCAUCUUCUCUGUCCUGAUAAUUGCCCUCUCUUAUAUCAGAAUUGUCACAGUAAUCCUGAGGAUUCCCUCUGUUGAAGGACGCCAGAAGGCUUUUUCUACAUGUGCAUCUCAUCUUGGUGUCUUUGUGAUGUUCUACGGCAGUGUAUCUCUUAUGUACCUGCGUUUCUCUGCCACUUUCCCACCCAUGUUGGACACAGUCAUUGCCCUGAUGUUUGCAGUUCUUGCUCCCUUCUUCAACCCUAUCAUCUAUAGCUUGAGAAACAAGGAUAUGAAGAUUGCAAUCAAGAAGCUUCUCUGCUUUCUGAAGGUGUUUAGUACAUCUGCAAGCUGA